CUUGUUUUUAUGACAAUAGUUUUGUUUUUUUAUUAAGUGGUGGCUUAGUUCGCCGAAGUUUAUGAAAACUUAUGUUCUGGAUGCGGUUCAUUCAAAUACUGUACGUUACGUAGAGUUGUCGACAAAUUUCCCCAAAUACACGACGUAAGAUGGAAAAAGCGACAUUUCCCCUUUAUUUACGAUUUCGUCCCCUUUAAUUCCCUUUUUUUGUGUUGCUUGGGACUUCUUUCAAACAGGUCUCAAAAUUGUCCCAACUCGUAAAUCUUCGACAUAACAUAAUAUCAUUGAAGAUUCGUCCUAUAUCAUGUAUCAUCACGAUGGCAUCGUCUUCGUCACUUGAAGAAUGAACGUUAUCAGACAUAGUGUGGCUGAACUCAAUUCAAAUCUAAAAAUGUAUUGAUUUGACCGCUUUUGAGAAACUUCACGAAUUGUCGAUGCGACGCACCAAUCAUCUUGCGACGGCUUGACCUUCGAGUGCUCGCAACCUCCAUCAGUUAACGAUACCCUUGAAGCGUUGCCAUGCAGGCCAAUACUAUGAGUUCUGUUGAAGUCAGUGAGAAUGUUCGUAGACGUAGGGCCACUGUAAACUUAUCACGUUCCCUUGGCUGUCAUAGAUCCACUUAUAACAGAAGAUGGAAUAAAAUGAGAGCUGCUUUAAUGAAAAAAUAUGACUUUCUUUCGUUCAGUGAGUUUGCUAAUGAAAGCGCAAUCAAAGUCGAGAGAGAAAUUAAUUGUAAUGAGAAUCCUUCAACUGUUGCACCGUCCACUAGGUGCAGCAAUCAAAGGCUUCUAGAUAAUAAUGGAUGUAAUGACGUUAAUGUACUAACAUUUCCUGAAGGUGCAUUGAAGCGUAAAGAAGGAUUUCUUUACAAUUCAGAAGACAUGGAUGUUGCCGAGAUGCAGGCUGGAAACAGCCACGUACAAUAUCCGAGAUUUCGGUUGUUUGAUAGAGUCACCUCGCCAAUUGCCAAUUCGACACCAUUAGGUACAUCACCGUCAACAUUAGAAUCUAAGCACUUAGAUUGUGCUUUAGCGGCCCAAUUUGAUAGGUUGUAUACGAUGAUGCAGAACAUAUCGUCAGCUAUUAUUGACUUGAGUAAAAAUGUAAAGCUGCUAUUAGCAAAGCUCAGUGAACGCGAAAAUCCGCAUCAUUUCGAUUGUGGACUAUCAAGUCAGCAGUUCCCUUUGUCAUCUGAAGAGGAACUGCAGAUGUUGGACACUGAUUUGCAGCAGAAAGAAAUGAGGGACAGAUUUAUGGCCAUGGUAACGAGGUUAAUGGAUAAUAAUCCUAAAACCUCAAUGCGAUAUAUUUUGUCGUACCUCAUGACACCUGAGGUUGCCAGCAAUUUCACGCUACUUGGCACUUCUUCAAAACGAGCACUUCAGAAAUGCCGGUUUUACGGCUGCAUACGAAGUGCAUUAACAAGUCGCUUUUCGUCAUCAUCUGUCAAAGAAAAAGACCUUGCGAAACUGUACGAUAUCGCGACACAAGGUUAUUUUCACGACAUCAGAGACAAACUGAUGAAGCGUCAUAGGAGGAAACAAGAUCAGUUCCAGUCGACUGUCUUAACGAACAUAACCGUGAGUUAAGCGUCAAGUAUUUGGCUUUGCCAAAGCAUGUCAUUCAGAUAUCGUUGUAACUUCUUUUGUUUUUUUACACAUAAGGAUUCACAGUUAGAUUAUUUUUAUUCUCAAUAGCCGAACGUGCAUGGCUGAAUGAAGUAGUCCGUGAAAUGUUUUUUAUGUCCUACUUAUUUUUCAAUAAAAGUUAUAUUGUGAAUAAGCUUACUUCCUAUAUGGGGAACUAAUUAAAUGUUAAGGAAGUGUGUUUGAUUGCCAGUGAACUUGCGAUUGAACACACGCCUUAUUAAUAAUACAUCACCUGUUUCUUUUGCAGAUCUUUUCAAAUAACAAUGAAUUGGCAAUUACAAUGAAAAUGCAUAACGAUUUGAAUGAGAUGCAUGCACACUUCAGACAGACUUAAAUAUUAUAAUUAAUUGGUGUAAAGAGUGGCUGACGCCUAUCAACACGACAAAGCGUGUCUACAUACACUUUGUGGAUGCGAAGGUAAAUAAGUACAGCAUAGGGGAAGUGCCUGUACCCGUGGUCCGGUUUCACAAGGAUCUUGAGAUGGCAGUUAGCCAUAAUAUUAAGACCACGGGCCAUUGCCAGGAGGUUGUUAUACCAUUGGUACACAAUGUGGAUGCAUAGGUUGGAUGAUUUCUAUGAUGUAGGGCAUUCGUUUGUCUACUAUUAGCAAUCUAACUGUUUUGAUACUGCGUUUGUAGUAUAGGUUAUCUUUUUUCUUUCUGUAGAACACUCAAUGAAAGUUUAGUACCAACCUGAUGUACUUGACCAAUACACACAAGCAAUUGUUAAAAAUUGAAAGUUAUUUGAUAAUUUGUACUUUUUAAAACUUUAAUAAACAUCGUCAUUCAUAACACGUCUUUCUAAUUACGGCAAUGCUUAUCUAUCGCGAUAGAUCGGUUUUUAUUACCAACUGGUCUACUUGCUUUGAGACUGUAUUCACUUAGCUAAAACAGUUGAAUAGGUGCCUAGUAACUUUUGGAUACAUGUUAUUAAGUUGACAGGCUUUCCUGUACAAUCGGCGGUCUUGGGGUGGUUUCGAAUACAGUAUUGGGGAUAUCUCCAAUUCGUGCAGAAUGUCCCCAAAAUGUGUAAGAAAAUUGGGGUUUGGUCACAUUUUUGAUUGGUUUCCACAAAGUUGUCGCAAAUUUUGAGGAAAAACCCAAAAUUGCAGAAAAUUUUGGGGGAAACCCAUAAUUUCAAAAAUCUUUGGGAUUUUAUCAUUAAUUAUAGACGGGUUCCCCCAAUGUUAUAAGAUUCUGAGGUUCUUGUGCCAUUUCCCCAAAAUCUUCUAUCGCGGCUUCUCCAAUAUAAGGAUAUUGGGAUCUCCAUUAUUUUCUCAAGUAGCAUGCAACUACACAAUAAUGAGAGUUUUUAAUGGGAUUGAGUUGUUAAAAUGGAAAAUCUGUUAUCCGGUUUGAUAACUCCCGUCGGUGUAAUUUGUAAGCUCCAACUAUUCUGAUGAAUUGGUUGUUUAGAAUACUGAAGUACUAGAAACCGUUAACUGCGAAGUGGAUCUAAUCACAUCAAAUCAUGUAAUUGAUUAAAAAAAAGGGGAUUGUGCGCUAAAGACCUUGUUUCGACACAUGGCGAAGAAGUACCGAGAAAUAUAGGAGUAUAACACGGUUGUUUAUGAUCCAGAAGAAUCAGC